GUGGCAUCUUCGACGCCUCCACCGCCUUCUUCCUCACCAGCUACACCAGCACCCUCGGUGGAGCGCAGCUGCGCGUUUUUGAGCGCCGUCAGAAGGUGGGCGGCCGCCUGGGCACCGUCACUCUCGCGGGCGACAGCUUCGAGGCCGGCGGCUCCAUCAUCCACCCCCGCAACCUCCACGCGCGCCGCUUCGCCGACCUCCUGGGACUCGCCGUGAAGACCGGCGGCGACGACUGGCUAGGGAUCUGGGACGGCAAAAGCUUCGUCUUCCAGGGGCGACGAUGCGUGUUCGUUUGGUGUCUCAGUCAUAGCCACAGCCACGGUACACCAGGAUCCAGCCUGGCUCCUACUCCACGGGCUCCGCCGUUCCUCACAUAUACCAACUCGUCCCCUCUUAUCUCCGUCCACCACGCAUCGUCGCCCCUCGCUCGCUCCGCAAUUCCGCAUCGCCUCCUAUCCUUCGCCCGCCAACCUCGGCGGGUCAGAGCGUGUUUCGCGCGGGGGCUGUGGCAGGAGCAGCAGCAGCGCCAUGGACCCGUGCCCGUUCGUGCGGGUGCUGGUGGGCAACCUCGCGCUCAGAAUGCCGGUGGCGCCGCCCGCCGCCGGGGCCGGCGCGGGCGUCCACCCGUCCAUGUCGGCGUGCUACUGCAAGAUCCGGCUCGGGAAGAUGCCGGUCCAGAGCGUCCCGGCGCCGCUCGUGGUCUCCGACGGCGGCGAGCAGACGCCGGCGUCCGGGGCCCUCGCCGCCGCGUUCCACCUGUCCAAGGCUGACCUGGAGUGGUUCGACGGGAAGCCCUCGCUCUUCUCGUCGCGGCGCGGGGCAGGGGAGGCUAGCCUGAAGGUGUCGGUCUACGCCGGCCGGAAGGGGAGUGCCUGUGGCGUCAGCUCCGGGGGGCUGCUCGGGAAGGCUACGGUCCCGCUCGACCUCAAGGGCGCCGAGGCCAAGCCCGCCGUGCUGCACAGCGGCUGGAUCUCCAUCGGGAAGCGGGCCGGGAAGGGCAGCCCGUCGGCGGCGGAGCUCUGCCUCACCGUGCGCGCGGAGCCGGACCCGCGGUUCGUCUUCGAGUUCGACGGCGAGCCGGAGUGCAGCCCGCAGGUGCUGCAGGUGCGCGGCAGCAUGAGGCAGCCCAUGUUCACAUGCAAGUUCGGGUGCCGCAGCAACAGCGACCUGCGCAGGCCCGGGAUGCGGCGUGAGCGCGACGCCGCGUCGGCCAAGGAGCGCAAGGGGUGGUCGGUGACGGUGCACGACCUGAAGGGGUCCCCCGUGGCGAUGGCGUCCAUGGUGACGCCAUUCGUGUCGUCGCCGGGCACGGACCGCGUGAGCCGGUCCAACCUGGGCGCGUGGCUCAUCCUCCGCCCCGCGGCCGACGGCGCCUGGGAGGCCUGGGCGCGCCUCGAGUGCUGGCGCGACCGCCGCGGCUCUGGCGCGUCCGACAGCCUGGGCUACCGCUUCGACCUCCUCGUCCCCGGCGUGGACCACGCCGCCGUCGCCCUCGCCGACUCCUCCAUCCCCUCGUCCAAGGGCGGCAAGUUCGCCAUCGACCUGACCGCCGCGCAGCCGCUCAGCCGGGGCGGCACGCCGGGGUGCAGCCCGAGAGGCAGCGGCGACCUGAGCAAGUGGCCCCUGGGGAACUACCGCGGCUUCGUCAUGUCCGCCGCGGUCCAGGGCGAGGGCCGGUGCAGCAAGCCGACGGUGGAGGUCGGGGUGGCGCACGUCGGGUGCGCCGAGGACGCGGCUGCCUUCGUCGCCCUCGCCGCGGCCGUCGACCUGAGCAUGGACGCCUGCAGGCUCUUCUCCCACCGGCUGAGGAAGGAGCUCAACUCUCCCCUUCUGGUACAAAUUGUUUGAUCGACUACUGUUAUGUUUUAAAUAAAUUCUACC